AUGGAGCAUUCCAUGGACAGCUACAGCGGCGAGGUAGCAUGGCGGUUCGGAGCGACGAACCCGGCGCUGGAGGUAGCCCGGGCACAUAGCAUCCGUUGGCUCCUGUACCGGAUCUAUGACUGCCUCAACAAGAACGACUCGAGGCCUAUGGCGCCGCUUGGCUUCGGCGACCCCUCGGCGUUCGAGUGCUUCCGUACGGCCGCCGCGACUGAGGACGCCAUUGUCGCUGCCGCCUGCUCCGGCAAGCACAACAGCUACCCCCCGGUUGCCGGCAGCACGGACGCGUUCAGUGCCGUGGCUUCGUACCUAUCUCGGGAUCUACCCUAUGAUAUCUCGCCAAGCGACAUUGUCUUCACCGCGGGAUGCAAUCACGCCAUCGAGACCAUGAUGGCUGUCCUUGCUACGCCGGGCGCCAAUGUGCUGCUCCCGCGGCCGGGUUACCCCAUGUACGAAGUGUACGCAGCCUUUCAUGGCCUUGAAUUCCGGCAUUUUGAUCUUCUACCAGAAAAGGAAUGGGAGGUAGACCUCAAAGGCGUAGAGGCCUUUGCCGACGAUAACACCGUCGCCAUGGUUAUUAUAAGCCCUAACAACCCAUCUGGGUCCGUAUACUCUUAUGAGCACUUGGCCAAGUUUAUUCUGAACUUGAGUGAAAGGCUCGCGACUCGCAAGCAGUGGUCGUCUCUGGGCAAGGCUUGUGCAUCCUGA